AUGAAUCAAUCUCAACCUUUGAUACCUCAACCUUUAACACCACAACCUUUGAUACCUCAACCUUUAACACCACAACCUCUGGUACCUCAACCGUUAAUACCUCAAAGCGUCGUAACUUCAUCUUUUGAUGAUCUUAGUGCUGAACAAAAAUAUGAAAAUUUAACUAAAG